GCAACAAACAAGCAUGUCCGACCCGUUCUUAUUAUACGUAAGUGAUCCGACCUGAUUGUCGUCCGACGCUGAAACUAGUGUGAAAUAACACUGUCUGAAACUAAUGUGAAGGACGAAUCAAUUUGAGUAAGGGGUGUGCCUCUGUGUGCCACCAGCAGAGAUGAUGAGUUACGCCAUGCAGCUGUUGAUUCACCGUGGGGAUUUCUGUCAUGGCUGCGCACUGCUCCCCCUGGCCCGCAUGUUCCUUCUCCGCACGCUGAGUUCAGGUCCCCGUGUGAGCCGCAGCCUUCGGGAGAGCUACCAGCUGCUACAGCUUGAGCUUCCGGAUGAGGGCGAGAGUAGCCCUGCGCAGGUGAAAGAAGCCUACCUACGCAUGGCCAAGCUGUACCAUCCAGACUCGGGCGCUGCUACGGCAGACAAGGCGCUGUUUGCACUGGUAGAGGAGGCAUACCGUGCCGUGCUGGCACACCAGUCCCAGCUUCAGAGCCGCGGGGGUUCGAUGGAAGACGAGGAGGACGAGGAGAAGGUGAAAGGCGUGGCUCCUCAGCACCGCCACUACCUGAGCUACGAGGGCGUGGGCUCGGGGACGCCCAGCCAGCGUGAGCGCCAAUACCGGCAGUUCCGAGUGGAUCGGGCAGUGGAGCAGGUCCUUGACUACCGCCAGAAGGAGCACGAGACGGCGGCUGCAGCCGAGGGGGCGCUAGUGGAGAGGGACGUCCGCCAGCGCAGCCGGCAGAUCAAGGUCACGCAGGCGGUGGAGAGGCUGGUGGAAGACCUCAUUCAGGAAUCCAUGUCCCGGGGAGACUUCCGCAACCUGAGUGGCGCCGGGAAGCCCAUCAACAAGUUUGAGCACAACCCGUACGCCGACCCCAUGACCCACAACCUCAACCGCAUCCUCAUAGACAACGGCUACCAGCCACCCUGGAUUGUCACGCAGCGCGACAUCAGAGAGGACAUUGCGCAGAUCCGAGAGAGACUGCUGCAGGGCCGGGCGCGGCUCGCCGACCCCAUGACCCCCAGGGAGCAUGCUCAGUGGCAGCAGCUGUGUGGGGCGGUGGCGGAGGACCUUAAGAAGCUCAAUAAGACGGUGGAUAACUUCAACCUGAUUGCGCCCAUGCUCACCAUGCAAAUGGUCCACUUCAGUUUGGAGCGCGAGAUCGACCGUGCAGAGAAAGCAGCCCUUCAAGGCAGACAGGAGAGGAAGAUGGAAAGAGUGAGGGAGUGGGAGGAGCAGAGAAGAGAAAGAGAAAGGGAGAAGAAAGAUAAGAUUAAAACACCUCAACACUCUAGGCAAGGCGGCCUGCUGGCAUGGAUGCAGAAUUUACUCAAAUGAACAAUGGACCAUGAGGGCAAAAUGAGAUAAAGGAUAUUUCAAAUCAAACUUUUAUUUAUAAUCCAUUUACACAGGUGUCAACACACUUUGAAGAGGAUAAGACAGAGGCGUUGAAUCCUUUGUCUGUUAUGUCAUUUGCAGUGUUUAUGCUACAUUAGAUUGAUUACAGUAGCGUGUUAUAACACACAGAAAACAAGAAUAAGCCCUACUACAGCACUGUUACUUGACCUUACUGGAACUCAACUGUGCUUUACAAUAAUGCUACACUGUGUCCGUGUCUGGACCUUAGGACACAAUGGUAAUGGUAUCAGACUACAAUAAUCAAUUUAAUGAAAUACUGUUUAUCUACGUUUAUAAGCUAAGUGAUUCUAAUUACAUGUAUUUGUUUCUUUGCUGAAUGAAGGAAUGAAAGCCUACUCAAUGUUCAUUAUGAAUGAGCAGUUGACUGAAACUGCUCUGAACUCAAAUACAUUAGCAUUUUGCCUCCAGCACAUUCACUAAUCGAUUAUGGGUGUGCGGUAGAUUCUGCCUAUGAUUGCAUUACAAUAAAAGAGGUACUCUAACUCAA